AUGCACAUCACUGCCGCGACUCCGAGACCCGUGCCCAAGCGCGAGCCGCCGCCGCCCGAGACGAGCUUCCACCUGCCGGACCUCGUGGCGGCCAACGGACACCUCGGAGCCGACACGGCGGCGGUCGUCGGCUGGCCGCCGCACCUUCUCGGACCGGCGACAGCAACGACAUCGACGUCAGCGUCCUCGGCGUCGACGCCGUCUCCGACGACUGUGGCGUCCUGUGCGACCUCGACGGCUGAGCCGGUGCUGCUGGCUGCCUUCCCGUCGAAGCGACUCAACUGGACGCGACGACUGGUCAUCACCAAGCAGCCUGCAUCCGAGUUUUACAAGGACGAAGGCGGCAAGGCCAACGCGCUGGAGGUGGAGGUGACGCUGGUGGAGUUCAACGAGCUGGGAGAGCCCGCGCGCUCCCCGGACCAGGAGUUCAUCGACAUCCCGCUGCGCAUCCUGCUCUUCUUCGAGUCGGGGAAGCGCGUGGACGACACGGACCAAGAGAUCUUUCGCUUCGUGGGCAACGACUACGACUCGGUGGUCAUUCGGGCUUCGACGCGCAAGGCCCUGGUGCAGUUCCGCCUCGAGAAGGUCAGUCGGCGGAAGGACGGCCAGCGAUUCAAGCUACGCAUUGAAGUGGACCAAGAGCAGUGCACGGCCAACGUCGCAGACCUCACCCCGGUCUUCACGAAUGCAAUCUGCGUACUGUCCAAGCGCAAGCACCCCAGCUCGUAUAACUCGGACUCUUCCGUUCGCGCGCGAGAGCCUCCUCCGAAGCUGCUGAAGAAAGCAGACUUGACCUCGAUGGAAGAGCGGAUUAACCGGAAGAUUGAUGGAGUCGCAACACAGGUCCACCACUUGACCCAGUUGGUCCACAAGCAGAACGAGAUUCUCACCAGGCACAACCUGCCUACAGUGCUCUCUCCUCCGAUGCACUGCCCUCCCAGCGACAGCUCCAUAUUGGAAUGGUUGCUUCGGUCCAACACUGCAGAUGAAGGCCCCUGGCCCAAGCCCGAGCCGGAACUGUUCCCCACCACGGUCAUGCCCUACUUUGAAGGCGCGGACGAGCCGUACCAUGGCGUGGACGUCGAUCUCACGUCUGCGCUGGUUCCUCACCCAGCUGUGCCCUCUGCAACAACGACGACGACGACAACAACGACGGCUCCUGCAGACGUGCGUACCAGUGAGAUGACGAAACCUACGCUACCCUUCGGCGACAUUUGA